GUGCGACGCAACUCACCUAUUCACUACCUACCACCUAACCUACCUAACUUCUUCGACCCUCUUUUUUCCCCUUUACUCUUCCACCCUUCAAGGAAGCACACCCUGCCAAUUUUCUCAAUUAUCACACCUGCGUCCCUGAUUCGGUUUAUGUCUGUGGCUGAAUAAACCGAUCCGGUGGUGCUGCCUGGCCUUUCGACUUUCAUUCCGACCGGGGCAGUUGCUGCAAUAAUCGAACCGUCCAUCGAUCGCCCGUGUCGAUUUCUCACAGCGCCACUACACCUUAACCGAACCUUCACUCCCAAGAACAACAAAUCGACUAUCGACUCACACUACGAAGAGGAGCUUGCGACGACAAGUCGACCAAGUGGCAGGCAGGCAGUCGGCUCGGCUGCCAGGAAUUGUGUCGACCUUGUGGAUUGAGGAUUGCCUCGACUUGGUUGGCUGUGGGCGGCAGGCCUGUCAUCUCGCAGCUACAAACGGCCACAAUAUUUUGAUUUGGAUUUGGUGAACCCGUCGUCGUCGACACGACAGCCGCAUAGACAGAACCCGAUAUUAAACGUCGCCAGUCGCCGACACGAUUGAACGGGGCAUUCGAUAGAGGGCUGCGCCACUCGAGUGAGCGCAGGACGAGUCCUGUCGAGGAUUGACAUCGCAACCUUGGACACUUUCUGUGCAUAGCGAUUAUCCCGACGACGUCAUGGCGUCCAACAUAAAUGUCCCUGGGCCAGGGGACGAAGAAUAUGGCGAGGAAUGGGCCAAGGAUUUGAGGCAUCGAUUUGAGCGACUAUUAAAAACGAAGCGAUUGAAUGAAUUAGAUCGCUCUCGGUCACGGCAAGGCUCACCAGCUCCAGGUACACCGUCAUCCAGCAGUCCUGGUGCUUCAGCAGGGCCAUCAUCAUCAUCAUCAUCAUCACAACCAUCCUCAUCACAAAUAGGUUCAACGCCGCCAUCAUACUCGUCAUUAAGAAACCUCCCCAAGAUCCCGACACCACCUGCUGCGACAGAUAAAGAGUCACAAAAAUUUAGGAAUCUACUCAUCACUCUGUCGACAACGCCGACGAAAUACGAAAACCCCGGCUUGCUGGACGAGGCGUUGCAAGUCAUUCCGCUCGACCGUAUAUAUGGUGAGGCAGAAGAAGAGACACAAGUUUUGCAAGCUCAGGCUGAGAGCAUGGGUGAUGGGAGGAAACCCGAAUGGGGAUACCAGGAUUGCGUCAUCCGCGCUCUUUUGAGAUGGUUUAAGCGUUCUUUCUUCACAUGGAUCAACAACCCGCCAUGCCCAGUUUGCAUGUCACCGACAGAAGGAAAGGGCAAGACUGCUCCCACGCCGGAAGAGAAUGCGUGCGGUGCUCUCUUGGUAGAGCUCUACCAAUGUUCGAGUUCUCAAUGCGGUGCUUACGAGCGCUUCCCCCGCUACAGCGAUGUCUGGAGGUUAUUACAGACAAGGCGAGGCAGGUGCGGCGAGUGGGCUAAUUGCUUCAGCAUGCUCUGUCGAGCCGUUGGUGGCCGGGUGCGUUGGGUAUGGAACGCUGAAGAUCACGUCUGGACCGAGAUCUACUCCGAACACCAAAAGCGAUGGGUCCACGUCGAUGCAUGCGAGGAGGCUUGGGAUAAUCCACGCCUUUACACCGAAGGCUGGGGCAAGAAAAUGUCUUACUGUGUCGCAUUCUCGAUCGAUGGCGCUACCGAUGUCACACGCCGAUACGUACGGAAGAGCGAGUUCUCCCUUGAGAGGAACAAGUGUCCGGAAGAGGUCAUGCUUUACAUCAUGCAGGAGAUCAAAAACAUACGCAGGGCAAACAUGAACAAGGAUGAACGAUUCCGUUUGGAGAAGGAAGACGCCAGGGAGGAUCGCGAGCUGCGACAAUAUGUGGUCAACUCGAUUGCACAUGCCGUCACUCAAUUAGUUCCUGGCGUCACGAAUGGCUCAGGCUCGACUGUGUCGGGUUCUUCCGAAGACACCAAGUUGCCUGCUGAGCAACUUGGUCGGCAGAGCGGAAACGCAGAAUGGGUUGCAGCAAGAGGAGAGGGUGGAAGGCACCACUAUCCCCCUGGCCCUGGAGAUGGCUCCCACCGUCGGGAGUACCACUGAUCGACUCGAUGGAGAUAUGCAUAUUUAUCAUCACCCUCGCGAAGGCUUUUUUGGCGGAAGUGGAACCGUUCCCUCGCCUGACCUCGUUACAAGAUAUAAACCACACCAUCUUGAUGUCACGCCGAAUAUUCAAGAUACCUACAUAUAUACCCAAGCGCCGCGUCGGCCGUCAAGGCGGCCACACAAAAAGCCCAGAGUAAUUUAAAGGUUAAUACGGGCCGUGUUCGAGGAGCUUACACACACUACAUCAAAACUUCUACUUACGUCAAUUGCAUAGACAUGGCGUUGUUCCUUUGUUUAUAUUUUUUUUUCGGAUUUAGUUUCUGUCAGCUAUAUACAGAGAUAUCUCUGAGGAACUUUUGUUCCAACUUUGUCAUGAUCUCGGGAGACUAUCCCGAAGAAUCGGUGUCCGCAUCUAGUCAGCCAUUACGAAUGGCAGCUAUUUUCCUUUGUAUGUUGGCUUUUAUACUCCGCCAGAACCACGGGGUCCUCGGAUCUUUGCGCGAAUGCAAGACCGGGAGGCGCGUCGAGUUGCGUGAAUUGGAGUUUUUAUUGUUUUAUUUUCUUCUCAUCAUAGUGGAGGCGCGAAAGCGAUUUACGACUUACGGGUCCUUUUUAGGAUAGGAUGUUAGUGAGCUGGCGUUCAGGAGGAGGAGGAACUGGAAUUUACAAGCCACGAUAUACGACUCUGCAGUCUAUGAUCUGGCUAGCUGCUUCGGCCUAUUGGGACAGGACUAUUUGCCCGUCCGGGUACGUGUUACGCGGCAACCAAAAAGGAAUAAAGCUUUAUCUUCU